AUGAGCCAACAAAACUCCGAUCGAAUCGAGAUGCCAGCUCCUCAAGAUCCCCAGCAUUUGCCCAUCAGGCAACAGAUGGAGGCCCUGAUCCGUCGUAAGCAGGCAGAGAUCACAAAGGGUUUGGAAAGUUUGGAUACUGCCAAGUUCACAGCCGAUUCGUGGACUCGUGGUAACGACGGGGGCGGUGGUACUUCUAUGGUUAUCCAGAACGGUGAAACCUUUGAAAAGGGUGGUGUUAACGUUUCAGUCGUGUAUGGUCAAUUGUCGCCAGCGGCCGUUUCGGCCAUGAAGCACGACCACAAGAACUUGAAGCUGGUGGAGGAUCCAUCCACGGGCAGCCCUCAAGCAGAAGGAGUUAAGUUCUUUGCAUGUGGUCUGAGUAUGGUCAUCCACCCACAUAACCCACAUGCUCCAACCACACAUUUGAACUAUCGUUACUUCGAGACUUGGAACCCUGAUGGAACCCCACAGGCGUGGUGGUUCGGUGGUGGUGCUGAUUUGACCCCGUCAUAUUUGUAUGAAGAGGACGCUGAGCUGUUCCACAAAAAUCACAAGGACGCCCUGGACAAACACGAUAAGAGCUUGUAUCCACGCUUCAAGAAGUGGUGCGAUGAAUAUUUCUACAUAACUCACCGUGGUGAGACCCGUGGCAUUGGUGGGAUCUUCUUCGACGACUACGACGAAAAGGAUCCUCAGGAAAUUUUGAAGAUGGUCGAAGACUGUUUCGACGCCUUUUUACCUUCCUACCUGCCAAUCGUCGCUAAACGCAAGGAUACACCUUACACCCCCGAACAAAAGAAGUGGCAAGCCAUCAGACGUGGCAGAUACGUUGAAUUCAACCUGAUCUACGAUAGAGGUACUCAAUUCGGUUUAAGAACACCGGGGUCACGUGUGGAAUCGAUCUUGAUGAGUUUGCCUGAGCAUGCUUCCUGGCUCUACAACCAUCAUCCAGAACCGGGUUCUGAAGAGGAAAAACUGAUCAAAGUGACAACCAAACCUCGGGAAUGGGUCCACUGA